AUGUCCAACAACCAACCCACCCCGGGUGACACAACCCCACACCAGACCAUCCACAUGGACACUGACACAGCCUCGGACUCGGAGCCCCAUCUCCCAACCGCAGGCGCACACCUACACACGUACAUCUCCGUGGACACCGACUCUGAAGACGGGGGUAUGCAACUCGAGCCGGCGGACGGUGAAAUGCUUCACUUCGCAGAAGACGAUAGCGACAUUGAAUUCGACGAGAGGAUCAUGGGUGUUGCAAUGGAAGAAGAUAGAGAUGAAAAUGACUUUACAACGCGCGCUGUAAACCCACACUCGGCCGUCCCAAAUGCACACAACACCCCCUCGCAGCCGGGCAAUAGAGACGAUCCCAGUCUGGGCUUUUAUCCACCCCGUGAACGUCACCGGGCGACUCGGCCGCGGAGGCUCCGUACGGACGGCCAUCUUUCUGAGGAGCAACAUGCCGCGUUGGCAGUGCUGUCUAAUUGGGAACUUCUCGUGACGCAUGCUCUGAAUUCACAUCGGACAAUCCCCCAAACCCGGCGCCGCUUCCAAGCAAAACUCCUGGCGCCCAACAACCCGGGCCUCGAAAAUGACCUGUAUGCCUCCCGCUUCGUCGUCCCAGCCUCCGAAUCCGAGCUGCUUCCACCGGCGGGCUCCUUCACGGCCGCCGGUGGGGCUACGCGAGGCUACGAAACUGCGUCCGGCGCGGAUAAUACCACCGCUUUUCUUGUGCCGGGGUCGUAUCGGGAGGUUGUGGAUGGGGAUGAGAGGUCUUGGUGGCCGAUGGGGAAACCGAGGGUGAAGAGGAAGAGUGAUCGGGGAGUAAGUGGACGGGGGAGGGAGGGGAGUGGGGGGAGCGGGGAAAGUUCGAGGGUGGGCAGUCGUGGGGGGAGUAGGGCCGUAUCUACGUCGAGGUGA